GGCUGUGUCCCCAGUAUGCAAACUGUUAGCGGCCGACUGAGUGAGCCGCAAAUUUGUGGCGAACUGAAAUUCGAGUGAGCUGCAAACUUUUAUGAGUUAGCCGCUUAUUUAGGUCGACCGACUGAAUUUUCACUUUACUAUUGUUAUACGAAGGGAGUGGUUGUGUUGGUGACGAUGGAUAUUUUUGAAGUAAUUGGUAUCUUAGAGGCACUGAAAGAGGAUAAAGAGAAGCACUGGGUUCACCCUUUAAACAAGAAAAGAUUGAGCAUUGGACAAUUUCAUGUUCUUUACCCAGAACUAAGGAAAUAUCCAGAAAAAUUUUACCAGUAUUUCAAUAUGACUUCUCAUACAUUUGACGAAUUGCUGAACUCUAUAACCCAGUACAUUGCUAAAAAUAAUAUCACAAGAGAUACAAUAAGUCCCGAAGAACGGCUUACUAUAACUUUGAGAUUCCUGUCAACUGGAUUAAGUUACAGAAAAAUUGCCCAAGAGUUUCUUGUUGGAAAAUCGACAGUAUCGAAAAUAAUAAAUGAAACUGCAUGCAUUAUAUGGGAUCUUUUACAGCCACAGGAAAUGCCGGAACCUUCUGAAGAACUGUGGCUAGAAAUAGCAAAACGAUAUUAUAAAAAAACAAACUAUCCUAAUUGUAUAGGAUCUAUCGAUGGCAAGCAUAUCCGUAUUCGAAAACCACCAAAAAGUGGAUCUAACUAUUUUAAUUAUAAGAAGUUCUUCUCAAUUGUUCUGUUAGCCGUAGCAGAUGCAAACUGUUCUUUUAUAGCUAUUGAUGUUGGUGCUUGUGGACGAAAUGCUGACAGUAAUAUAUUUAAAGAAAGUGCUUUCGGCAAAAAAUUGGCUCGUGGGUCUCUGAAUAUUCCUAACUCUAUUAAAUUGCCUAAUUCAAAUGGAUUGCCCCAGCCUUUCGUGUUUCUUGGAGAUGAGGCAUUUGGAUUGCAAAAGCAUAUCUUGAGGCCUUUUCCUAAUAAAAGUUUAAAUAAGGAAGAGCGAAUUUAUAAUUAUCGCCAUAGUCGGGCUAGGAGAUGCGUGGAAUGUGCAUUCGGCAUUCUAACAAACAAAUGGAGAGUUCUGCAUACACCGAUUGCUACUAAUGUGAAUACAACCAUCGCUAUCGUAAAAGCUGUUUGUAUUUUACAUAAUUUUGUCAUAGCAAGGGAACAAGUACAAUAUACACAUCUUUCGCGACGUACCUCAACAACUCUUACAAGCACAAGAAGCCAAAUGAUUACUGUAUCAAAUUCUGGAAAGACAACAAGAGAUAACUUUAAAAACUAUUUUCUUUACGAAGGAAAACUACCCUGGCAAGAGAAGUAUUUUUAAGGUGUAGCUACAGGACGAAAUGGUGUAACGGAGUUUGUAAAGCCGUAAAUACUACGUAGUGAUUAUGAUACUUUAUUUUAUGUAGUGAGUGAUGCAAGUAUAUUGUUGAAUAAAUAAUAAUUUUAUUAGAAUGGAA